AUGGGUUUGGUCACAGAGGAGGUGAGAGCUAAGGCAGAGAUGUACACGGGAGAUGAGAUAUGCCGAGAGAAGACAAAAGUCUUCCUCAAGGAGAUAUCUAUGCCCAAUGGCUUACUACCUUUGAAGGACAUAGAAGAGGUUGGGUAUGACAGAGAGUCAGGUGUUGUGUGGCUGAAGCAGAAGCAAAGCAUCACCCACAAGUUCGAAGAGAUCGAUAAGCUUGUCUCUUACGGAACCGAGGUCACUGCUGUGGUCCAAACCGGCAAGAUCAAGAAGCUCACUGGAGUCAAGUCCAAGGAGCUUCUUAUUUGGGUCACUAUCAGUGAGAUCUAUACAGAGGAGAAAGAGAAGAUCACGUUUAAGUCACCAACCACACUGUCCAGGACUUUCCCUGUUUCAGCUUUUGUAGUCCCAGAGGAAGUGGAACCAGCCAAGGAAGAACCUGGCAAGGAGAAGAGCAGUGAAGCCAUCAAGGAGGCUGCCAAGGAAGAACCUGCCAAGGAAGAGCCGGCCAAAGAGGCUGUUGCCGUCAAGGAGGCCUAA